AUGAAUAGUCGAAUACGGACAAUUGUGCUGUAUCGCGGGAAUGCUGAUACAUCGAAAUCUUCAUGUUCAAAUUGUUCGGAGCAGCAGCAACCCUCCAGACACCCGCUGGGUUUCAGUAUCGUAGGUGGCAUCGAUUCACCGCGUGGUCCUAUGGGAAUCUUUGUCAAAACUGUUUUCGCUGAUGGACUGGCUGCAAAAAGUGGUCUUGUUUGUAAAGGCGAUGAAAUUUUGAGCGUAAAUGGAGUGGAGCUGAAUGGAAAGACACAUGGGGAAGCGUUGCAAAUAUUCAAGAGGAGUGCGAAAAUUGAUGUAACUCUUUGCAUUCGUCGAAACAUUCCAAAUUCAUCAAAGCAGAGCAGAAUUGUAGACUGCACCGAAGGAACCUUCACAAAUCAAAAACUGACGAUAUUCAAUGAUAAAUGUGAAGAUAUAAAAAAGUGCAUUGAAAAUGCGUCGUCAGCAGCAACAUCAAGAAAUACCGUAUGCUUGAGAUGCCGGAUUCCGAUUCGAAGUCAACAACGGAAAAUGUAUGGUAGUCCCAGCGCUAUCAGCCAUAUCGUCCAAGAAAGAUGGAGAGUUUCAGAAAAGCAUCAUGAUUUGGUGUUACAGAAUGCAAUGCGGCAUUGUAUUCCCUACCACAUUGUCAUAUCCGUUCCAUCGCUUAUCAUUGUCUUCAACCUUCACCUUAUUCUUAUAUGA